AUGGAAUCAAAUGGAACGCGCAAAGGGCCGCUGCCUGGAGGUCGCCAGGGCGCGUCUGGAGCUGGCGCUGGACGCGACAGCAUGCGAACCGCCAGCCGAGCGCGAGGUGCUGCACGACCACCCAGCAGCCCCUCGCAUCCAUCAUCCCCACCAGCUGGCUUGGUGUCGGCAGGGUCUUCGCGGGCCCAGCAAUCGGCACCCGCCACUGGUGGAGUACGCCGCAUGCGUUGGACAACCCAGAUGAACAGCAACGCAUUGCGGGCGUAUUUUAGGGCGAAAGGGGGAGAAACUGGAGGUUUUGCGUAUCGGGCAAGGAUGCAUCGACUUUUUGCUGAGCUGGAGCCAUCUGUAACCGUCACCGAGCAAAACCUGGCAGACCGAGUUCGGUAUAUCUUGCGCUCAAAUACAUUUGAUGUCACCGAACUCGAACGGCUACGACGUGAGGCUGUUCCUUCAUCGGGUGAAAAUGCUGCGGCUGAGGAUGCGGCGCCACAACUUGCUGAGCAAACGGCAAAUGUGGAUGCCGCCGUGAAUACGCCAGUUGUGGUUGAUUCAAACGAUGAUGGAACAGUCGCCCAGGAACUGGAACUAGAGCAAAUGAGGAGUACAUUGGAAGAGGCGAUUGUGGAAACGCGCAGUACGACUCUCGAAAAUCGACCGCGACUUCCCCGCUUAGCCCUAAGCAAGCGGAAUCGGGCUGUCGUGAGGGCUCUGAACCCAAUGCUGGUUACCUAUUUGGAAGCCAGCCGGGACCUUUGCGAGACGGACUCAAUUCUUUUUGGCGCCGCACUGGCAGUCUGCCGUAUUAUAGGUGCCAAACUUUCCACGGCUGGACGCGCUACUGGACAAAGUAGUGCUAUCCCAGCCUGGAGAAUAAGAAUUGAAGAACGUAUCGCAAAGGCUAGGGCCCUCAUCGGCAGACUGAUAUGCUUCAGGUCAGGCAAUACCAGGCCAAGGAUUGUGCGCACCGUCAGGAUGGCGUUUGCUGGGACAAAUGUUAGUUUGUCCCAGCCGGAUAUAAUGCAAAAACUGACGGAGCGCAUAGACGACCUGAAGCAAAGAAUCGCUGCUUGGGGAAAGCGGAUUCGGCGAUAUACCGAGAGGUCGACACGGUUCAACCAGAAUCGUCUCUUCCAGAGUGAUCAGAAGAGGCUCUAUAAAUCAUUGGAGCGACCAAUAGUAAGUGGAACGGGCCCUGCACCAAAUCAGGCCGACGUGGUCGCAUUCUGGCGCAGCCUGUGGUCAGAGCCCGUAAACCACAACGAGGGCCCUUGGACGGAAGUUGUGGCGAGUCAGAGCGAGGUAUUACGCCCAUGGACCCCGUCAUCAUAA